AUGCAAUGGAAUUUAGAGUCUUCAACAUUUCCUCAGAACAUGAAUAAAUUCUUUGUUGAUGGGGAUAGAUUGGUGGUGUAUGGACAUGUUCUUGGUGAGAUUGAAGAGCCUGUUGGAAUGAUACAAAAAAACGGAGAGUACUCCAAUAAGACGGACGACAGACAGAGUGAGUUGAAGAAGGGAAAGUUGAGGUUAAGCCAACAUAGGGAUGAAUCUAGGUUUUUACCGUUGGCUGUUUCGAGAGAUAGUGAGGGACGGUACGUGUUUGGUGGGACGAGUAUGAGGAAGGGAGAUUUGGUAGUUGUAGUUGGUAGAGGGAGAGACCCAUUGAUUCUGCGAAGGCUGGAGCAUGGUGAGGAGCUGGGAGGUGACAGCAAGAAGGAGAGUAUUGAGACGCCCGUGUACCAAUUAGUAGCAACAGCGACUAUACCGGGUAUCGAGAAAUUUCAGAAGAAGCUUGCUUUAGAUGAUAUACAGUGGGAUAUUGAGGAAAUGAUUAUAAACUAA